UGGACACACUUCAGGUGGCCUCGUGGUUACGACGCUCACGUGGACCUGGCCACGGAUGCGGACUGGCAGGCCGAACUCCAGAAGCUCUCGGAGGUCGACUGGGCGGGUCUAAAUCAAGAUCAGCAUGUUAAUGCCCCUACAGAUGCGCCGGAAGAUGUCCAUCAGAUGAGCCCAACAUCCUAUGGGGAGAAUAUGGAAGAUUCUUCUGUCAUUUCUAUUCAACAGGUUCACGGCCUUCGCUAUUCGACCACUGCAGCAAACAGCAUGGUCAAGCUGCCGCGCCGCAUGGACGAGGAAACCCAGCUUGCAAAAAUUUGGGAAUACAUCACCCUCAGACGAAACCAGAAAUACGAAGAGCUCUACAGUCUGCUUGAGCUGCCCGUGGGUGAAGGCAAGUACUUGAAGAAGGACCUGCACCAGUAUCUUGAGGCCGAGCAACUUGCCGAAGUCAUUCAACGCAUAAGGUGCGAGAAAAGGCUUAACGGCGCACACACCAAGAUGUUUGUGGUGAAGCUGGCAUACCAGAUACUGGCGAAAGAAGGCUGGGGAGCACGUUGGUUUGGUGCUGGGAAUGCGAAUGCAAGUGCCAGAACCAGAACUCUGUUUUGGCCCGAGGACUCGACAACCCUUCUGUUCUACUUCGCCAUGUUUGUCUACCGCGUUCAGGACAACCUCAAAUCCAGAAUCACUCAGCAAAAUAGCCUCGCACGCCGGAAGAGGGACGACACAUCGCGGACAACCACACCUUCGGUUGAUCAACCACAAGUCAGCACCCCGGAGACAGAGUGCCAGUUUGAUACCACUCCUACCACCUCGCGACCGUGCACUCCCCCGGACCAACGGGCUCCUGCUAUGCAGACCUUGUGGGACAGUGCCGACCUCGCUGUAUCAGCGCAGAGAGCUCAGCGCUCAGCCCAGGUCCCCUCUCCACCUACAGGAGAGUCAUCUCCUAUCCCGAUUCGCCAGGUCCUCGAAACAGCACCACCCGAGCCAGAAAUUCCACCGCGAAACGGCCAGUCUUUCUUUGCCUCUCUGGUGAGUGAGGUGACCAUCAACAAAAAACGCAAGCGGGCCCAAGCCCUGGCCGGGCUUCAGGAUCCGGAUAUAUAUGAGGUUGAGAUCCCGCCCAACGCCAAGCUCACCUACCGCGUCUUUGUCAAAGAUGGAGCCGAUAGCAGCGACCUGGUCGACACUCCCUUUGAGUUCAAGCACACCGACUCGAUAAUAUCAGAAGGUGCCUUUGACGGGCUGAUGGCGUCGUUUGAGCAAGCGCAGUAUAGAAGACCGCACAUGUGGAUACAGACGCCGUAUGGGAGGAGGAUGAUUACCACGUCGGAGGAAUGGGACCAGGCUGUCUUGCUGAUUUAUAAUCUGAGGAGGGCUGGAGGUGUGGUGGAGGUGGAUGUUUUUGUUUGA